UUAGGUGUCAGUCGCGCCGCUGCUAGCUAGCUAGCAAGUUGGAAAUUAUUGCAAGUCAUGGUGGGCCAUUCAAUGGAAAAGGAGGGUGGAUAAUGAAAUUGUGUGAUGCUAAUAAAACAUAUAAGAACACUCUCCUAGAUCCGAUUAAUGGUUAUAGAAGCUGGCCGACGUGUGGGCAUAUUGACAGAUAUAUAAAAGCUUGACACUGACACAUAGGUAAGAUUCAGAUAUCGAAAAGAAAAGGGACCAGAAGGAGACCGCUACUAGGAAUGGGAAAAAUGAAGCUUAGCUACUGGUGGAGAAGAACCCGAGACCCUCCCUCUUUCACCUUCACAACUAACUUGAUCUAUAUCUGUCAUGCACUGGCCUAGGUAUGCAAGGACGUACUGAUGGGGAAAGACCGAAACCUGCCCCUAAAACACAGUUGACCCCUUUGACUGGCUGAUAUUGGAUGUGCACAAAACGGACAGAACCUUCUCCAUUCUAGUCACAUUUUAACAACUAACUCUGCAGAAUACUGCUACAAGAGAAAGUCCCAAAAGUCCCUCUGUUCUGCCACAUCUGCGUUUUUCACACAUCGAUUCUUCAUCCCCCGUCUGUAUCUCAAUAUAAACUAUAGCAGCAGUCUAGUUUGUCCCUGGUUUUUAUUUUUACUUUAUUUUUUCUUUUUUUUCUUUCACUUUUUGUUCCUUUGUAAAGAAAUGCUUUACCUGAAAAAGUACUUCACAGAGGGCCUGAUUCAGUUCACCAUCCUCCUGAGUCUUAUUGGGGUGCGGGUGGACGUGGAUAGCUACCUAAGCAGCCAGCUGCCCCCACUGCGAGAGAUCAUCCUGGGCCCCAGCUCGGCCUACACCCAGACACAGUUCCACAACCUCCGCAACACGCUGGACGGGUAUGGCAUCCAUCCCAAGAGUGUGGACCUCGACCAGUUCUUUACCGCCCGCCGGCUGCUGAACCAAGUGCGCCAGCUGGAUCGCCUGUCGGUGCCCAGCGCGGAGCUGACCGCGUGGCUGGUGCACCGCGACCCUGAGACUGUGGUGUCUGCCGCCGGCCAGUCCAGCCCCAGCCUCACCCUGGACAAUGGCGCUGGCCUGGAGGACGUGAACAACCCAGAAGCCCCGGCAAUGAGGGGGGGCGGCGGAGCGCCUGAUGCAACCUAUGAGCUGAGUGGAGAGGACGGCACCCUGGGAGCCGUGGCUACCGAGGACAUCCAGGAGCAGAGCAACAGGGACGGCAAUGAUGACCUCACCAAAGAGGACAUUGACUUGAUUGACAUCCUGUGGCGACAGGAUAUCGACCUCGGCGCGGGACGAGAAGUGUUCAACUACAGCAACCGCCCGAAGGAGUCUGAGGCAGAGAAGCCCAGCCCAGAGGACAAGGAGGGAGGAGGCGAGGCACAAGAGAGCUGGAGGAACGGUGUGAACCUUCAGGAGGCUCCGCAUGUGGAUGGAGAGACCGGGGAGAGCAUCCCGGAGCAGCUCUCGGGCCUUGGCUCCCAGACAUCAUUGUCUCUGCAGGAAUGCCUGAGGCUGCUGGAGGCCACCUUCCCGUUCGGAGAGGAAUCUCCCGAGUUUCCAGCUCCUAUAAUCACAGCUGAGCUUGCGGUGGCCAAUGACGAAGCCCCCUCCACAUCUCAGGGGCUGUCACUGCCUCCUUCCUUGCCCCAACCUGUGCCCCAGUUGGACCUGGAGCAGCAGUGGCAAGACAUCAUGGCUAUCAUGGAGCUACAGGAGAUGGAGGUUAACAACACCUCAGAGAACUCCUUCCUCAGCACCACUUCCAACAGUGCCAAUAACAGUGGAAGCACAACCGACUCUGGUUCGGGUGAAAGCUUUGGACUUACUCGCUCUUCCACCCUUAUCCACCAAGAUGUCAGCCUUCACCAGGCCUCCCUCCCCAGUUGCAGCCAGGACUUUCCCACACUUUUUAAUCCAGACAUUGAUGCCACUAGCACCCCACGCCCACCCUUGCUGAGAAUGUCCUCCUCCUCUAACACCUCUAACGUCAACUCCACAUUCGGAUCCACCAACCUGACCGGACUCUUUCUUCCCCCACCCCUGAACAGCACCAACAACAUUACGUCCACCACUGUUUUGCCAGAUCCCUUUAGCAGUCUGCUGGAGGAGUCAAUGCUGGAUGAGAUCAGCCUGCUGGACUUGGCGAUGGAGGAGGGCUUCAGCCAGGCCCAGACCUCUCAGCUGAAGGAUGAACUUGACUCAGACUCUGGCCUCUCUCUAGACUCCAGUCACAGCCCGGCCUCCCCUAGCAGCUCUGAGACCUCCUGCUCCUCCACUGCCUCCUCCUCUUCCACAUCUGCCACCUUCUCGGAGGAAGGGGCUGUUGGAUACAGCACUGAUUCUGAGUCGGCCACAGUGGAACCAGAAGAAGGUGCUGUGGGGGGCUACCAACCAGAGUUCAACAAGCUCUGCCGAAUGAGCUACCAGGACCCCUCCCAAUUCAAUGGUCUCCCUCAGCUUGACAACGUAAACCACAAUCACUCAUACAACUUGCCACUGUCUUCAUCGUUUGACGAACACCCGGAGCUGUCGAUUCCCACUGGCAAGAAAAUGGGUCGUGAAAAGCAGUCAAAGCUUCAGCCCCAACAGGACUUCCUGGACAAACAGUCGAGUCGUGACGAGCGCCGGGCUCGGGCCAUGAAGAUCCCCUUCUCAAACGAGAAGAUCAUUCAUCUGCCUGUGGAGGAGUUUAAUGAGCUUCUGUCAAAGCACCACCUGAGCGAGGCCCAGCUGGCCCUUGUUCGCGACAUUCGUAGACGUGGGAAGAACAAGAUGGCUGCCCAGAAUUGCCGCAAGCGCAAGCUGGAUACCAUCAUCAAUCUGGAGCAAGGGGUGCACGACCUGAGGCGUGACAAGGCAAGGCUGCUGAAGGAGAAAAUGGAGUUCAUCCGCUCUAUUCGACAGAUGAAGCAGAAAGUGCAAAGCCUCUAUCAGGAGGUGUUCACCCAGCUUCGAGAUGAGGAGGGCCGGCCCUACGCCCCCAGCGAAUACUCACUCCAGUAUAGUGCCGACGGCAGCGUUCUGGUCAUGCCCCGCAGCAUGACAGACCAGCAGACCCGCAAGCCUGACAAGAAACAAAAGGACAAAAAGAAGUGAGGGGCAAACUACUGCCUUUUCUUUAUUUCUGCUAAAAUCACUAAGAAAGAUUUCUGCAGACGCAAGAGAGGUCUUUUUUUCUUUGAGAAGAUUAUUGUAAGGAGAAAAAUAGUGUUGUUAACUACUCUUCCUGCAUUAGUUUUUUUCCUUUUCUUUUGUGGUUCCUGCGUUUUCUCUGGAAAACAACUUUGAAGCAGAAAUUCUUUGUUUGAAUACAGAAUUUAUUGUUUAGAUGGAAAUAAGGAAUGAAGAAGGAAAAGAAGGGGUUGAAAGACUUGUCUGGAUCCUGUGUGGCACCAGGCCUGUGAAGAGAAAGGAAAUCAGUCAUGUUAUCAAGGGAAGGGACUGGUACCAAGUGAAGUCAGAGAAAAACAAACAUUUAGUCAACAUAAAGCCAGGUGUAAAUUCUGGGCCAUUGUUAGUUUGCUUUGAGCGGAUUGUAAAACCAGAUUUCUUGCUUGGGUCUUGAAGUGAUUGGUGGAGUGACUGUUUCUGGAGCAAGUAGAAGUUUCACAUGUAGAGGAAAGCAGAGAGAACCUUAAGAUGGAGCCAGGAGGUUUUAAGGGUUUAGAUAAUGACGGGCGAAAAGCAAGUUUGCCAUCUGGGAUACCAUAUCUUCGAUACUAACCAAAUUUGUAUGGCGCACUUCACUUGUUUUCUAGGCAAAUGUCUAGGUAGUCUGACACAGCACUCAUUCAAAAUGUGAUUGUAAUGCAAAAAGAAAAAAAAAAAACACAGUCCUUGAUAGGACCAUGUCAUCGACUUGUGAGUCCCUUGAGCAGAUUGAAUGCCGUUUGACGUGGAACUAGGACACUGGAACACAGAGAAGAGGAGCUUGGAGAACAUUGUUGAGCUGGCCAUGAUGGUGGAGCAUGACAAGUAGAAGAGAUGGGACAAUGGGGGGGAAGAAGGCACACACUGCAUUACAAUUGUAUCGGCUUCUGGAUAUCUAUGCGUAGCACUGUAAUUUGCCAUUCGAAGGCUUGGCUGUAUGCAUUGUGCCAUGUCUCUGCCGCGGGUUAAAGGAUGAGCUCUGCCGGUUCUUUUAGUUUCCCGCACAUCCUCUUUCUCUCCGGAACGGGCUAGGUUAGAUGUCUGGCUUCGUCUUCGGUCUACAUCCUGCCCUAAUUGCAUCACGUACCCUGUUUUGAGCCUGUAACCUCGUUGCAGGAAGGUUACAGGCCAGGGAAUCUCACAGUACUGAUUGUGUGAUAGGCCGUCUUGGCAGGAAAUACUGUAUGAACUGCAACCCUUGGGAAGUGUCACCCUGUUCAUUACAAUAAAAUGCACCCAUCUGUACUGGAUAACAUAGGAUUGGUUUGUUUUCUUGUAAGAUGACCAAGAUAUGCUUUAACUGUGACAGUUUGGCUAUUCCAUAAUUGCAGAGUGUGGUAGACUUUGAAAGAGUUACUUUAGGAAUGUUGUCGUUUAUCUGAUAUGGACAAGAGUUGGUUUUAAACAAUGAAUAGCCUUGUCAGCCGCAUUAGUUUACCAUCAUACGUUUGUGUCAUUAGAAAAAUAAACAAAUUGAAUCGAACUGAGUGAACUGACAAGCAGAAUGUGUAGUGAGCACCUUGUUUUCUAAUGCCUUUAUUUCACAAGCACAUUUCUAUAUUCAAGGGUUUUGAGAACAAAGGUUAUCAGACUGUUUUCAGAACAGUGGAAGUGCUAUUGCCUGAGCUUGUGUGUUUUAUUGGGGUCAAAAUUGUGUUUUAGCAUGUACCCAUAACCAAAAAUAUCAUUAGGCCAUUUACUGCAGCUGAGAAGGUUUACUGGGAGUUUGAAUACAUUUGUCAAAUUCAAAUCUACAGUGAAGGGGAAAUGAACCAAGUUGCUACACUGACCUGAAUGUCCCAUGUUCUUAUUCAUCCACAUAACUUUACUAGUUCUUAUCAUCACUACCCUCAGAGGAGAGCCAAGUAAAAACAUUGCUUUUAAUCAAAUGGUUCAUGCUAUACUAAUAUUUCCACAGGAAAUGGAAAAUCAUUUGCGUUUGUCCUUGUACUUGAGAAAGCAACAUAUUCAGACAUGAAAACAUGAACUUGCGUUGCAACACAAUGCAAAGCCCUCUAAGUUAUUAUUACAAUGAGUGCACUGCUUUAGUUAGUUGUCUUGUUUGUUCUGUAAAUAUUUAUAUGUUUCUUGUGUUUUGUCAUACUUUUUCUGUAGUUUGUCUUAGUGUGUUUUGCACAGCCUUCUUACUCCUGCUUUGAGUUUGGUUGUGCUGUUUUUUUUGGUUUACUUUGAAAUAUUUGCUGGCAAUCUGGGAUUGUUAUUUUAUUGAUUAAUAAAGUGUUUUUAUUUUCA